AUGCCACCGAAGCGGGGAAAGAAGGCCGCCGCACCGGCCAAACCGGCCUUGGAAGGAUGCACGAUCGUCCUGAGCGGCACCUUCCCCGGCGCAACACACGCAACCAUCAAGGCCAGAGUCGAGGCGCUCGGCGCAACCUUGGCCACCAGCGUGACUGGCGAUGCCACGCACCUCGUGGCAACCGAGAGCGACUACAAAAAGCCAUCCCCCAAGGUCACCAAAGCAAAGUCACUCGACAUCCACAUCGUCGGCUUAGACUGGCUCUCGGCCUGCGAGCAAAACGGUGCCAAGGAGUCUGAGGAUAGUUACGUUCCUGGGGCCACGGCCCAGGACGAUGACGAAUCCACUCAGCCCGAUGCAUCGAAGGCGGUGCCCGCGGCGUCAUCUCAGGCCAGCGGUACGGCUAAAACAAGCACGAGAACGCGGAAGCGUGCCCCUUCCCCUGUUGUGGAUAAUGUCUCAGAUACCGAGCCUGCGCCGAAGCCCAAGCGAACGAGAGGGCGCAAGGCGGCCGCUGUCAAGACGGAGGCGGACGAUGAUGUCGACAUGCCGGACGCGAAUGAUGCCGCUGACACCGAGGUAAAGGAGGAGGAGGAGGAGGAGGAGAAGAAGAAGAAGCCAGCCAAGGCCGAGAAAGCUAUGGGCAAAGGCCAAAUAGCCAAGAGCAAAACCCUACUGAUCCCUCUCGAUGAAGGCUGCCCGUUCACCACCUCCAAGGUUUACAUCGACGAUGCCGGAGUCAUUUACGAUGCGUCGUUGAACCAGACAAAUGCGUCGAACAACAACAACAAGUUCUAUCGCAUUCAGCUUUUGGUAGACCCCAAUGGGAUCUGCCGGACCUGGACGCGAUGGGGCCGUGUUGGAGAACGCGGUCAGACUGCGGUUGCAGCCACGGGCCUUUUGGACGAGGCGAUGCGACAGUUUGAGAAGAAGUUUAAAGACAAAUCGACGCUGUCUUGGGCGGAUCGCAGCAAGGACCCAAAACCGGGGAAAUACGCCUUCGUCGAGAGAAACUAUGACGACGAUUCGGACGACGAGGAGGAGGCGGACGACGCAGCGGCGGCAGGCAAGAAGUCGAGUGACCGGAAAGCGCCCGAGUCGAAACUCGAGCCUGCUGUGCAGCAGCUCAUGGGCCUGAUCUUCAACCAACAAUAUUUCAAUGCCGCCAUGUCCUCCCUCAACUAUGAUGCCAAGAAGCUACCGCUCGGGAAACUCAGCAAGGCAACCAUCACACGUGGUUUCCAAACAUUGAAGGACCUUUCCGCCCUCAUCGACGACCCCACUAGUGCUCAAACAACUUACGGCAUGGCGUACGGUUCGGCGGUCGAGCAGCUCUCAAACACCUUCUACUCGUUGAUCCCCCACGCCUUUGGUCGCAACCGCCCUCCAGUUAUCGGCUCCCAGGCCAUGCUUAAGUCGGAAAUAGAACUUCUGGAAAGCCUAAGUGACAUGAAGGACGCUGCGCUCAUCAUGAAGGUGGACAAGGCUUCCGAGGACGAGAUUCAUGCUCUUGACAAGCAGUUCCAGGGCCUUAAUAUGAAGGAGAUGACGCCCCUCGACCCUAGCGGCAACGAGUUCACUCAACUCAAGAACUACUUGGUCGAGAGCCGCGGCGCCACGCACGGACACCACUAUGCUGUCGAGGCCAUCUUCCGCAUUGAGCGCCAAGGCGAGUUCGAGCGGUUCGACGACAGCAAGUUUGGAAAGAUGAACCAGAACCGCCGCUUGCUGUGGCACGGUUCGCGCUGCACCAACUUUGGUGGUAUUCUCAGCCAGGGACUUCGCAUCGCGCCGCCAGAAGCACCAGUAUCUGGUUACAUGUUCGGCAAGGGUAUCUACCUGGCCGACAUGGCGUCCAAGUCGGCCAACUAUUGCUGCUCGUAUAUUUCGGGCGGUACCGCGCUUCUCCUGCUCUGCGAAGCUGAGCUGGGUGAUCCCAUGCAGGAGCUGGUCAACGCCUCGUACACUGCGGGCGAGGAUGCCGAGAAGAAAGGCAUGGUGUCGACCUGGGGCCAGGGCUCCACCGGUCCCAGCAAGUGGAAGGAUGCCAGCUGUGUCCACCCCAACUUGGCAGGUGUGAAAAUGCCUGACACGUCGGUGUUGCCGGGAGCCACCAAUGUGCCGGGUGCCGGUUUGUACUACAACGAGUACAUUUGCUACGACGUCAAGCAGAAACGGACAAACACCUGCGUCACGUGUCGUGCGCGCAAGGUCCGGUGUGACGGUCGACGCGGUAUUUGCACCAACUGUGACCGUCUCGGCUUCAGCUGUUCCUACGAUGAGAAUGUCGGCGUCGAGGUCGUCCAGGGCGAGGGGAACGGCACCGCCAUCUCGGUGCCGCGCCGCCGCGUGCGCCAGGCCUGUCAGAACUGCCAUGCCAGGAAGGCUAGGUGUAGCGGCUCCAUGCCUAGCUGUGAUCGCUGCCGGGCCCAGCGUCUCGAGUGCGUCUACAGACCUGGCAAGCGCUCCCUCCCGCUGCCGCUGCCGAACCCCGCCGCGGCCCCGUCUCCCAGCUCCGGGAUGGAUAUCGAUGCGCCCCCGGGCCAGGGCGCACCCAAUGACUACGCCACCUCCAGCAGCAACGCCAGCCCUGCCACGGCCAACGUCGACCCGACUGAGCCCGACGAGGCCCUAGCCAUGAAGGCUUUUGACAACUUUUUCCGCCAUAUCUACCACGUCGCCAUGUUUUCCUUCCUGCACCGGCCCUCCCUGAUGGAGCUCUACCACGCCGGGUCGCUAGACCGUGCCCUCGUCCUCUCCGUCGUCGGCAUCACCUCGCUCCUGACCGAUCUCGGUCCGGGGAUGGUCGACUACGGCAACCGAUGCGUCGAAGAGGCCGUCUCUCUGUGCCUGGCCGGCCUCGAAAAGCCCACCAUCUCCCGUCUGCAGGCGCUGGUGCUGGCCAUCAAGCAUCGCAUCCUCUCCAAGCGCUUCUCCAGCGCCUUCAUGCUCCACGCCAUCGCCAGCCGGUUCGCCACCGCUCUGCGUCUGUACCAAGAGAACACGGAGCUCUGCUUCCUCGCGCGGGAAGCCCGCCGUCGCCUGAUGUGGGCCAUCUACAUGAUCGACGCGUCCAUCGCGACAGGCCAGGCCGACGUUGCCAUCUGGUUCGAUGCCGAGCGCCAGAUCCAGCUACAGCUCCCGUGCAACGAGCGCAACUUUGACUUUGACCUGCCCGACCCCACAGAACCGCUCCGGCCGCCGGACCCCGACCCCGCAACCGGUAUUGUGCCGCCACUGCCAGACGUGCUUGGCCUCAUGGCGUUGCAUAUCCGCUUGUACUGGAUGCGCACGCGUAUCCUGCAGUGCACGUCACGAGCGGCCGCUUCCCCGUCUGCGGACGCGCUAGCCAUGCUGCCGGGCCAGCUGGCCGAGCUCGCUGCGGAACUCGAGGUGUUCGAGGCGAGGCUGCCGGUCUCGUUCCGCGAGAACGAGGCCAACUUCCGGUUGCGGAGCUAUUCCACCCGACUUAACAUAUUUAUCACCACGCAUAUGCUGUGGAGACAGUGUCAUCUUGACCUGUACCGCCUCUUUCUCCCAGGGUUGAAGGAGGCACUUGCCCCGGCUGCCUUGCAGCAGCUAGAUUCUCACUUUGUGAUGCAGUGCCGCCGGAGCUGCUACGAGCACGCCCGGCGGAUGGCCGACAUGAUGUCGCAGCUGCUGAGCCUGAGCAGCACAAGCACCACGCCCCCGGUGGCUGAUUUAGACCUCACCGGGUGCGCGUUCCACUGCUCCAGGGUGCUGUAUCACGGAUUACAAACAGAUAACGGCGAAUUUGGCUUGGGCUUCACGCAAGAACGCGUCCAGGAGCUGGCCGGCGUCUGCCUUCGCGCUGCGCGCCAGUCCACCCCUGGGCAAGCGUCUGCCAGCAUUCAAGCGGAUAUUGAGCGGCUUAUUGCCAACGGCCUGUUCCUGCCGGAAGUACCGCCCGGUUCCAUGGGCCGCACCCGCAGCCUGGGGCCCGGCACGGGGACACCGUAUUUGGCACCGCAAGCCCCGGCUCCAAUAACAGACCAAACGGCGGCGGCCGCCAAUCGCAUCCAUCUCAUGGCUCCGACCCCGAACCCGACCCCGGGGUCCCAACCGAGCAUAGGGUCCCUCCAAAUGCCGCCGCCCUCGUCAAUAAGCCCCAUGGCGGCGCUGAGCCUGCCCAUGGCUGCUCGAAUCGGCGGUGCACGGCGGCACGGCCGGUGUUGCGCCAUCUCAGGCCAGCGCCGUGACGAGUGGUAG